GGGAGGCACCAGGGCAGGAGAUGGAGGCCAUGGCUACCUAAAGGACUGGCUCUGGUGGGCUGGCUUGUUAACCAUGGGUGGAGGGGAAGCUGCCAACUUUGCUGCCUAUGCCUUUGCUCCUGCAACUAUUGUCACACCUCUGGGGGCUCUGAGCGUGCUCAUAAGUGCCAUUCUGUCCUCGUAUUUGCUUGGAGAACGGCUCAACCUGCUGGGAAAGCUGGGCUGCCUGCUGAGCCUGGUGGGCAGCACUGUGAUGGUCAUACAUGCCCCAGAGGACGAGGAGGUCACCACUCUGGAGGAAAUGACUGCCAAGCUGAAGGAGCCGGGUUUCCUGGCUUAUGCUGCAAUCCUCCUGGCUCUCUGCUUCCUCCUGAUCUUCUACCUCGCCCCCCGUUACGGGCAGAGCAACAUCCUCAUCUACCUCACCAUCUGCUCCGUCAUCGGCGCCUUCUCCGUGUCCUCAGUCAAGGGCUUGGGAAUUGCCAUCAAGGGCUUCUUUGCUGGCCAGCCUGUGCUGCAGCACCCACUGACCUGGAUCCUGGUCAUCACGCUGGUGGCAUCCAUCACCACGCAGAUCAACUACCUCAACAAGUCUCUAGACAUUUUCAACACCUCUUUGGUGUUCCCCAUCUACUACGUGCUGUUCACCACCAUCGUCAUCGCCACUUCCAUCAUCCUCUUUAAGGAGUGGGUCGCCAUGACCGUGGUUGACAUCAUUGGGACAGUCUGUGGCUUCCUCACCAUCAUUUUGGGGGUGUUUUUACUCCAUGCUUUCAAAGACAUGGACGUCAGUUUAGGGAAUUUACCCCAAGUCCUUCAGAAUGAACAACCAGCACCCGUCACCAGAGAUGACAAGAACAUCCUGAUAGAGGUGGACAACUCCAGCAUUGCCCCAGAGGAUAAACCCAAAACACUGGCAUGAACUCUAAAAUACACACCAGCGUCUCAAGAGGAGGUGAGAGACAAGGACUAAACGCUGCUAUUCAGACUCUGCUCAUCCAUGUUUAAUCACUUGCUCUGCAAAUAAGGGGUCAAGAAUAUUGGUGAAUAUGGGCAAGACAUGGUGAAUUUUGCAAUAGCUGCUCACUCAGGCUCAGUGGCAGGACUCAAGCCAUGAAGUGUUUUUUACAGAGACAUCUUUUUCAGCUUUUGUUUUUUUGUGUGUGAAGCAGUGUUAAUUAUUUUUAUGGGAGUUUCAUUUGUUUGGGGUUUUGCUUUUUUUUUUUUUUCCCUGAGCAGCUCUGGUGCCCAGGCCUUGGUGAAGUUGCUGGGCCUGACCCAGACCCCACCUGAGAAAGGGCAGUCCUUGCUCAGGCUGGGAAGCUCUGGAAGGGUAAACCCCGUGUCAAGAGAAACUCUACCACUGUC